AUGGAGCUCCAGAAGGGCCAGUACCAUCCCGCAGGAGCAGACGACUUACGUUCUCCAUGUCCUGUACUCAACUCACUCGCCAACCAUGGCUAUAUCGCGCGCGACGGAAAGUCCAUCACCGCUGCUGAGCUGAAAUCGGCCAUUCGAUAUGUCGGGUUAGGCCUGGACAUAGCCUCUGUUCUCGUAAGCCGUGUCUUUCAAAUCCACUCCGACGACCCGAAACACGGACCACCAGGAAGCUCCCAAGUUGGACUACGCGACCCGGGACAAGUGAACAGAGACGGGAUUCCAGUGCUCAACCUCGAUCAAGUCGGCCGUCCUCAUGCUUUGGAACACGAUGUCUCAAUCACCCGACAAGACCGCGCGUUGGGCGACUGCAUCCACCUAGACCCUGACCUAUACAAACGGUUUCUUCGGACUGCGAAGGAAGGGAAGUUUCACAGCACAGUCAUGGGAAGGUAUCGAAAGUUUGGAAAAUUCGAACACUACGUUGCGUGUUCUGAAGUGGCAGCUCUGCGAAGUGUCUUUGGCAAGGGCGUCACGAAGGGUAUUCCGGAUGACUAUGUGCGUGCGGUCUUUGGCGAAGAGCGUCUGCCGUACGAUGAAGGUUGGAGUCCACGCCGGUUCAAGGUGUAUUUCCCAGAGGCACUAGCGCUGCUAUUGCAUGAUCCCCUCGCUUUGGCUAUAUCACCCCACAAUAGUCUUUGUGUCUCGCCCACAGAAGGCUUGUUUCGGAUUCCCCUCAUAUUGGCUGCCCUUCUGUCUCGGUUCACUGCUGGGGCCGCCCGUGUCACUAAAUUUAGAACAGAUAACAGGUCGCCAUGGAACUUUCAGUUUAUGAUCUAA